AUGGCCACUUGGACCUCCAUGCCUUCACUGAUGCAGACUGGGGAUGAGAUCGAGAUAGUAGAAAGUCCACAUCUGGAUACUUCACCUUGGUUGGAGGAAAUCUGGUUACUUGGAAAACUAAGUUCACUAAUUCAGAAUGAGUAUGGAGACAUAUAUGACUGUGUAGAUUUUUAUAAGCAACCUGCUUUUGAUCAUCCGCUAUUGGCAAACCACUCAUUCCAUCCCGAGGUUCAAAUGAAACCAUCUACUCUCCCUUUUGAAGAAGAGUCAAAAAUUUCUCAAGCAAGAGAGGUACUUACCAAUAUGAAGUCAAGAGGUGAAGGUUGCCCAACAGGAACAAUUCCUAUUAAAAGAGUGAGCAAGGACGAUUUUAUCAAAAUAAAACGAUUUACAGAAGAUUAUAAUUCACGAAUCAAAAGUAAUAGUUUGGAAAAUCAUUUUGCAGUUGUUCAAACUCCCAAUCCAAAUCCAAAGUAUUAUUAUGGAGCAAAAGUUAUACUUAGCGUUCAUAACUUUAAUGUAAGCGCUUCUCAAUAUUCUUCGGCUGGAAUGACACUUACAAAUGGAGAUGACACCAUAAAAUUUGGAUGGACAGAUCCGAAAGAUGGAAAUUGGUGGCUUACAUUGGGGGAGGAAAACACUUUACAAAGAUUUUGGCCUGGAACGAUAUUCAAUGGAUUGUCAAUGUUAGCAACUACCGUUGCAUUUGGUGGAGAAGCUUAUGGCCCUGUCGAUCAACCUUUACCACCUAUGGGAAAUGGCUACUUUGGUGUCGCAGAUCCAAAAUAUGCUGCUUAUUGUCGUGCAAUUGCAGUGUUGGAUGAAAAUUUGAAGGAAGAUAAUGACCCUCAUGAGAUUGAAACUUAUAGAGAUGAUUCACAUUAUGUUGUCACUGAUUAUGGAUGGACUAAUAGAUUUGGACGCAUCAUGUUCUAUGGUGGUACUACUCCACAAAUAUGA